UAUUUCUUAGAAAACAUUUGUGAGACUUUACAUUAUUCGCCAUACCUAAUACUAGCUAUUUUAAACCUCCCUUGGAGUUACGGUGUAAGAAGCAAAAAACGCCCAUAAAUGGAAAAUUUUAUCAAGCAAAAAAUUCUAGAUGAACUCCACCCAAAGGAGCUUGAGGUCACUGUGGUCAGUGCGGACGAGGCGAAGUACAGUGUCCGUAUCGUUUCCGAAGCGUUUCAAAAUGUUCCAUUGGUUGAACGUCAUCGCAUGGUAAACAACCUGUUCAAGGAUGAGCUUCACUCGGGUGCGAUUCACGCCUUAUCGAUUAAUGCAAAGCCACCGCUGCCAACACCCGCUCCAGGGGCCAACCCAUCUGCAUGA